GGAAAAAUGCCGGUUUUUCUGAGUUUUUCAUCGUUUUAAGUGGCUGUUAAGGUGCUGGAGAUUGGUGAGUAAGCUGUAAAGAACAGUUAUAAUAUUCGUCUCUACAGAACUUCUAGCGCCAAAGGUGCCCAGAUAGCCAAAUUCGGUUGGUUUAGCAUUGUUUGAACAUGGAAUACCAGCCGCAGUCAUCAAGAUCGGCAGUCAACUGUUUCGCUGUGUCAAGAUUGAUAAAUUAAAAUACUGGUGCUAGGUGUCCAAUUAUUGACGUGACAAACAACGACCACUAUGGCUGCGAUGUCCGCGAAUGCUGUCAACGUCUCCGUCUCAGUCGAAGUGGGCCAGGAAUAUGCCGUUCAGGAGAUCCAUUACGAUGGCCAAGAGGUGUACACCCAACCGCCUACUAUGAGCGAAAAGCUUAGUAAGCUUGCACACAAGAUCGACUUCAACGCAGAUGAAGAUGAUGUCACAACAGAGGAGACCAAUGCUAAAGCUACGUUCCAGCCUUCAUUGUGGCCUUGGGAUGGUGUACGCAACAAGUUAAAAGCGGCUCUUACCGAAGUGUCGGUUCUUGCCGACGUGUUGGCAAUCGCCCGCGAGAAAAAAUAUCUCGUUCUUGACCCGGUUAGCCAGGAACCGGUUGAACAUAAAACGAACGUUAUCCUUUUGGCAAAGAAAAAGGCAUUAAAUGCUGCUGGCGAUAUUUUACUUAAGGGAGCGACCAAUUUACGCGGAGCUACGCAGCAAGAACAAAUGGGCCGUCGAGUCAGCACAGACUUCCAUACAGAGCUUCUUCUUAUGCGACAAUCGUGGCGAUUGCGAAAAGCUGGUAGUUCGAUUCUCGGCGAUCUGAGUUAUCGCAGCGCCGGAUCACGUUUCUGGCAGAGUGGAACCUUUGAGGUGACAAAAAGUGCUCACGCCCUAGCCGUCUCUCAGGGCGAAAUUGCUGCUGGUCAAAAUCAAGGACAAGACCUUCAAAGGCCCCCAAGUUCCGUAAAGAUUACCUUGCCGAGUGAACUUGAAGGUAUCAGCUAUAUACAAGUCACAAUACAAAAAGAUAUGGAGACCAUUGCCAGUGGCUACCUUUCGAUUAAUCUGCCGCAAGAUGCAUUUUCUAAAGUUGAUUCACCUUGGCAGCAGCGCUUAGAGGCUGCCCAGAACGUACUCUUCUGUAAUGAGCUGUUUGCUCAGCUUGCCCGCGAAGCAGUUCAGCUGCAGCCAUCAAUACCGAAUCUCGUCGUUGGCAAUCUUAUUACUAGCACGCUGUUUCCUGGUAUGCAGAUGUCCAUUGGCCUUUGCCAUCGGACGUUGCACGAACGCCGACCGCAGGUGCCUCAGUCUCGUUUGGAUCACAAACACGUCCUUGAACACUCACUCCAUCAGCUUCUACGAGAUUUCCAUUUCAACAUACUGCACCAUUCGAUGCCACAUCCCGCAUCGGCACCAUUGGGCUUAAGCAAGAGGCAACGUUUGGCAGGGCCAGAAGCCUACGAUAGACAUACCCUACUGGAAAUGGCAAAAAACGAAACAAUAUUAGAGAAGAUUAUUGCACAGACCCAGCACGUAGUUUUGCGUCUUGGUGCAACAGUUGUCAUUGACCAGUUUGCGACCGAGGUGAAGGAUCCUCUGAUAGUAUCACACUGGGUCGCCAUGUCAUCGCCAACACAGCACUCAGUCAAACUGAAGCUUGUGUCACACGGUUAUGAGAACAUGUGCCGUACACCGCUUGUUAUCCAUGUUGGCCAAAAAAGCCUCAAGGCGAUCCUAAGAGAUGGCCGUGUAAUAUCGCUUGGUUACGAGCCUACGGAGUUGCGGUUUUUGCUAAUGGCGCAGGUGGCACAACAUCAGGUCUCUGCGGUACAGACUCUAGCUAAAUACGUAGGAUGGAAGGUCCUUUCGACCUGUGGCUCUGUUGGCGUUGGGGGUGUUGAACCUCUGGGAAACGCAAGCUCCAUCGUAAUGGCUUCACCUAACGGCGAAAAAAUCCUUGCUGUAAGGGUGAGUCCCGGUACGGGUGUUAAGGUGUCACUUUCGUCCACCCCUCAGCAGCAGGACUUUUAUCCUUCAUCGUUAGUCAAAGACCGCAAGUGGCACCUCCUCAAUGGACCGUUCAAGGAGGUGUCACUCGAUCGAAUGCAAGGCAAAACUUUCCUCAAUAAAAUGGAGCACCUUAUGGCGGCCCUCACAGCGUUACAGUAAACGAGCCCACCGUGUAACGUUUACGUGUUUGCACUCUUUAUGGGCUAUGUAGAAAUUUUAACUCGCAAUUCCACUAGAAACUGCUAGGAUGGAUGGAAGAUGAUUUUGAGAAGGAUUAUUUCGAAGGGACCCAUUCAAAAUAAGCUUUCUCCUAAAUGACAUACAUAUGAUAACGAUGAUAAGUUGAUAGCAAUUUAUGAGGCGGCUUAUGUUGAGCGCCAGUGUGGUGCGUGGUUUCAAUGUAUGUAUUAUUUGUAAAUAAACUCAACCUUAUAUAUAUAUAUAUAAUCUUAUAUACGGAUUCGUCGAAAAUCGAUGCUGUUGUAUUUAUUUUUGUUAAUGGGGCAUGGAAUGGACUGGCCUGUAUGCUCGUAUGUGAUAAACAAUGCAUUCAAAGUACUGAAGCGAUAAAGGUGGCGAAGGUUAAGGUCUUGCUCGAAGUGAAGCAACGUAACAUCAAUUGCUCACUGAAAAUAAAAGAGACUCUUUAGAGUGCCCGGUAUAAUGACAAAAAUACGUUAUCUCAUAUGAAAUAAAAUAGUUUCUUGACUUAUUCUCAUGUGACAGAUGUGAAAAAAAACUAGAGCUAAUGUACUUAAUUUUUUAGUAAAUAGAAUCCGACAGGGAACAUAUUUCCAAGUUUUUAACAUUCAAAAUCUACUUUAGAAAGAUCAACACUUAGCUUAGAAAUUCUAUACCACGCUCACAUAUGAAGAAGUCGAUAAAAACUAGUUUGAGCGCGUGGGUAAAUGCAUUUGAACAUGGCCGCCGUUUUUGUUAUAAGAUUACUAUAUUAUGUCUAUAUGUCAUAUCAUCGUGAUUCAUGCUCUAUAGUUCUUUUCUUUCAUAUUUUUAUGAAACAAAAUGAUGUUCGUACAAAAAAGAUACAAGCACUGUUCGAAUUAAUGUUUAAAUGUAAUAUUUCGA